AUGCUGUCGGCGGAAGAGAUCCUCUGCAACACGCAGCAGGUAAUCUCUGGAUUAGAAGCUCUGCGUGGAGAAAACCGCAACCUGUUGGAUAGCCUGCAGGAGGCUCUUCAGAGCCAACCAACCAGUGAGAGCAGCAGUCUGAAGGACGAGAAGAGUGGCAUUAUCGUACAGUCCCUAGAAAAGAUUGAGCUGGGUCUGGGGGAAGCACAGAUGAUGAAGGCUCUCUCAGCGCAUUUGGGCUCUCUGGAGGCGGAGAAGCAGAAGCUGCGUUCUGAGGUGAGGCGACUAUGCCAGGAGAACCAGUGCCUGCGAGAUGAGCUGUCCGGGGCACAGCAGAAGCUGCUGGAGAGUGAGCAGGAAAUGGUCACUCUCGAAGAGCACAAUAAACACCUGCACUUCAUGAGUAGCAUUCGCAAAUAUGACCAGGAUGACCUGGCAGUGGAGGACAAAGACACUUCCUCAGCUAAAGAUUCCCUUGAUUAUCUCUUUCCUGCUGAUGAAGAGGAGCAAACACAAAUAUCAUAUCCACAUCGCAGUGCUCUAGCUGCAGCCCAGCAGGCAGGGUAUGAGAUCCCUGCCAGACUUAGAACCCUGCACAACCUUGUAAUCCAGUACGCUUCUCAGGGCCGCUAUGAGGUGGCCGUGCCGCUAUGCAAACAAGCUCUGGAGGAUCUGGAGAAAACCUCUGGACAUAGCCACCCAGACGUAGCCACCAUGCUCAACAUCCUGGCACUAGUAUACAGGGACCAGAACAAAUAUAAAGAAGCUGCAACCCUCCUGAAUGAUGCCUUGAUGAUACGCGAGAAGACGCUUGGCAUGGAUCACCCAGCAGUGGCAGCUACUCUGAAUAACCUGUCUGUGCUUUACGGCAAAAGAGGAAAGUAUAAAGAAGCCGAGCCUCUGUGCAAAAGAGCACUGGAGAUCAGAGAAAAGGUUUUGGGGACCGAUCACCCUGAUGUGGCAAAGCAGCUUAAUAACCUGGCUCUGCUGUGCCAGAACCAGGGCAAGUACCAGGAGGUGGAAAAGUACUAUGAAAGAGCUCUGCAAAUUUACCAGAGCUGCCUGGGUCCAGAUGAUGCCAAUGUGGCCAAAACCAAAAAUAAUCUGGCCUCGUGCUACCUCAAGCAAGGGAAGUAUAGACAAGCUGAAGUUCUGUAUAAAGAGAUCCUGACACGUGCUCAUGAGAAAGAGUUUGGAUCUGUAAAAGAUGCUGGAAGAACAGUUUGGGUACACAAUACAUAUGAAAGCUCCAGACAGGACAACCUAAAGCGCAGUGGAUCAUUCACGAAGCUUCGGGAAUCAUUAAGGAGGAGCAGCGAGAAGCUGGUUAAGAAGCUAAAGGGACUGGAAACAGAAGAAAUGGCUCCUCGCACACUUGGAAUGAAGCGGGCAAAUUCUCUUAAUGUGCUAAAUGUGGGGAUGAGGGAGAGUCAAGAGACCACAAGGAAUCCUAACAGGCUAACAGACAGUCGUGCUCUCAGUUCCAGCACUCAGAUGCUUGCUCGCAGGAGCUCUUUAAGUGGAGAUGGUUAAACCAACCAACCAGACCUAUCCCAGUUUAUGGUCGUUUAUGGACUGGAUUUAAAAGAAUUGGAGUAUUGUUUUGUUCAUCAUGAAUGAAGAUUGUGUUGAACUUCAGGCAACGUAAAAUGACUUAGAAAUGCCCUGGUUAAAAGAGUUCUCUCGCUUUCUGACCCUAAAAGCCUAUUGCACUAUAAGUACUAAUAUAUUAAUAUAUUACUACAGUUAGGCGCUAGAAUUGACAUUGUACUACAGGUUAGCAUUGCAGCAUUCUUAAUGACCUGAACGCUAUCAUUCUAGAAUCUUUAGAAAGCACUAGCUUUUUUAUUUAACUUGU